GGGUCCUGCCAGAGGUCGGAUUGGAGCCGCAGUGGGAUGACAGCGCCGCCCCGGCUCCCCCGGCUGAAUGACUGAGGCUGAUCUGUAGCACUUCCUGUGGCUGUCAUCCAGCAGGAUUCGUGCCAGAGGAGCAAAAGUGGAAGAUCCAGGUCCAGGAUUCCCCUGAGGGCAUGAGGACACUGAGCCAAAGAGGCUGUGAAAGCUCUCCCAGACUGUGAAAUCCAAAUAAUGGCACUGGAACCUCCAACCUGAAUGAUUAGUAGCUUAUUGCACAAGUAUGAAGAGCUUAUUAAUUGUACUGGAAAGGCACUCUACAGUUCACUGGAUCUUUUGAAAAACACUCCUGGAGCUACUUCCUCUUCGUUGAAGACACAACAAACAGAUUCCCUGCCAGUAGACACAAACUUGUUUACUUUCUCCACGGAUUCAUUACCGGAUUGUUUUGCAGCUUGAGAUACUGUGCAAACAUGACUUCAGAGUGGGGAGAGAAAUCCACGGCGGAGCUCAUGAGCAGGUACGUCUCCAAGGAGACGGGGUACGGCGUGCCCAAGGACGGCUGGCGCAUCUGUCUGGCUCACGAGUUCAAGGAGAAGCGGAAGCCGUUCCAGGCGAAAGACGUCUCGCUCUCCAACAUCUUGGAGCACGUCGGCCUGGGAAUCAGGUAUCUGAAAUGGUGGUACAGGAAGACCCGGGUGGAGAAGAAGGCUCCUUUCAUCGACAUGUUCUCUGCUCAGCCGUUACGCCAGAUAUACGGCGUACCGCUUGGCGGUAUUGGGGGAGGAACCAUCACCCGGGGCUGGAGGGGGGAGUUCUGCAGAUGGCAGCUCAACCCCGGGAUGUACACCUACAAAACGGUCACAGCCAACCAGUUCACGGUCUGCUUGCGGCGCGGCGGACAGACGGUUUACCAGCAGGUGCUUUCAGUGGAGCGCCCGCCCACACUGCAGGGCUGGAACUGGGGCUACUGCGGGGAGUACGCCUUCUAUCACGCCCUGUACCCCCGAGCCUGGACCGUCUACCACCUGCCGGGGCAGAACGUCACUCUGACCUGCAGACAGGUCUCCCCCGUCAUCCCCCACGACUACCAGGACUCCAGCCUCCCGGUGGCGGUGUUCGUGUGGGACAUCGAGAACAGGAACGACUACGCUCUGGACGUCUCCAUAAUGUUUACAGUGGUUAAUGGGUCGGGACAGAAAGACGACAAGAGCGGCGGGCACUGGAACGAGCCCUUCCACCUGGAGAAGGAGGGCGAGGCGGUGUCGGGGGUCUUGCUGCACCACUGCACCGCGGUGAACCCCUACACCCUGUGCAUCGCCGCCCGAGAGCAGGCUGACAGGGAGAUCAGUCACCAGACGGCGUUCGCUCCAAAGGGGACCUGCAGCGGGCUGUGGAGCGACCUCCUCACCGACGGACGGCUGGACUCACCGACAGGAUCCAGCCCGCCGACGCCGAAGGGAGAAAAGGUGGCGGCGGCGCUGGCCGUGGGCUGCCCGGUCGCAGCUCACGGCCACGGUAGCCUGGAGUUCUGCCUCUGCUGGGACAUGCCCACCAUCACCUUCGGCUCUCGGGAGAGGGAGCACAGCAGGAGAUACACUCGAUACUUUGGGACCAAAGGCGACGCCUCGCCCUCGCUCAGUCACUAUGCACUGACACACUACAGACAGUGGGAGAGGAGCAUCGACGACUGGCAGCGGCCCGUCCUGCAGGACAGUUCUCUCCCCUCUUGGUACAAGUCGGCGCUGUUCAACGAGUUAUACUUCGUGGCGGACGGAGGGACGGUGUGGACGGAACUCCACCCGGACGCCGACGUCAGCGGCGGUCUGCGCAGCGAGAACGGCGGUCUGCCCGCUCAGCCGGCCGUCAUCAAGGAGUACGGCCGCUUCGCCUACCUCGAGGGUCAGGAGUACAGGAUGUACAACACGUACGACGUGCACUUCUACGCAUCCUUUGCACUAAUUAUGCUCUGGCCCAAACUCGCCUUGAGUGUGCAGUACGACAUUGCUGGUACUGUGGUUCGGGAAGACCUAACGGAGAGGCUCAAUCUGAUGAGUGGCCGUUAUUCUCCAUUCAAGACCAAAAACGUGGUGCCCCAUGACAUUGGAGAUCCAGAUGAUGAGCCGUGGCUGAGGCUGAAUGCCUAUCUCAUCCACGACACUGCUGACUGGAAGGAUCUGAACCUGAAGUUCGUGCUGCAGGUCUACAGGGACUUCCAUCUUACCCAAGACAGUCAGUACCUGCAAGACAUGUGGCCUAUUUGUAAGGCGGUGAUGACGUCUGAGAUGAAGUUUGACCUGGACGGGGACGGCCUCAUCGAGAACUCUGGAUAUGCUGACCAGACCUAUGAUGGCUGGACAGUGACUGGACCAAGUGCGUACUGUGGUGGACUCUGGCUGGCGUCCUUGUGUGUGAUGUGUAAAAUGGCCAAACUGGUCAACAGUGAGGAGGAUUACCAGCAUUACAGAGACAUCCUGGACAGAGGCAGUGCUGCUUUUGAUAAGCUGCUGUGGAACGGGAAGUACUACAACUACGACAGCAGUGGGAGAAACCUUUCGAACAGCGUCAUGUCGGACCAGUGUGCCGGCCACUGGUUCCUGAGGGCUUCAGGACUGGGAGAGGGAGAGUUCCAGGCUUUCCCAAAAGAAAAGAUCCAAGGUGCGCUGAAGUCCAUCUUCGACUUGAACGUGAUGAGCUUCGCCGGAGGCCAGAUGGGGGCGGUCAACGGCAUGCGGCCUGAAGGGGUGCCCGACCGCUCCAGCGUCCAGUCGGACGAGGUGUGGAUCGGAGUGGUGUAUGGCCUGGCGGCCACCAUGAUCCACGAGGGCAUGCGGGAGGAGGGUCUGCGGACGGCAGAGGGCUGUUACCGCACGGUGUGGGAGAGGCUCGGCAUGGCCUUCCAGACUCCCGAGGCUUACUGCGAGAAGGGCAUCUUCCGCUCCCUGGCCUACAUGCGGCCUCUGAGCAUUUGGUCCAUGCAGCUCGCCCUGGACGCUUCCCAGACAGAUCAGACCACAGCAUCCCAACCGGGAGGCACCUGAGUCAUCAGAUACGACGAACUGAGCGGAGCAGAAAUUCCCUCUGAAAGUGACACUGCUUUCACCAUCGCUCUGCUGUGACGACAACCUGGAGAACUCUCGCUUGAAUCCUUUGCAGGCCUCAAAAUUUAUUUCAAACGGUUCGUUUAGUUGUUUCAGGCGAGAAGUCAGAGCUUUAGUUUUUUUUUGCACAGCUCUGAAAUGGUGAAGCUUUUUUUUAAGUUGACAUUUGUCAAGAGACUGAAUCUUGGUGCAGGCAGGUCUGUAAAUAUCAGCCUCAUGUUUGAUCAAGACACUACAUUUCACAGCAACUUGGCGUUGACCACAUAUACAAUGUUUUUAACUUUCUUGAUUUGAAUUUGAAUGCUGUACUAAAUUAUGUAAUGAAUGACAGGAAUUUCAAUCCAUUUUUUUUUAAACAUAUAGCGUUGGUGCCUUGUUGCAUGUUGGCCUGAAUCUACAAUGUAUAAAAGUAGGGGCAACAUUUACACUGUUUUAUAGGAUCCAAUACUCUUGACAAUCACUCUGAAUAAAUGAACGA